AUGCUAAAAGUUAUCUUAACAUCUUACAUAAUACAAUUAACUCUAUCAUAAAGAUCUAUUCUUAUUUUAAGACAUGGAGCUCGGGAUCCUGAUGUCUGGACUGAAUUUGAUAGACUGAUCCAAUCAAGAUUUUAACCCAAAAAGGGGUUGAUCAAUUAAUUGAAGUAGGUAAAUAACAAUAGAGAUAAUCCAUAUUUGAUUUUGAAGGCAAUUGUAUUUAUGAACUACUAGAAAUAUAGUCAUCCAAAACAGCUAGAUGUACUUCCUCAACUGUUUGCUUCAUUAUUGGAUUAUGUCCUAAAAAUUUUAAAUACAUUCUACAUAGAUUUUUUAGUGAAUAUUACUCAUAAAGAGUCUUAAAUCAAAAAAAAUUUGAAAAGAUUUUAUAAUCUGAUUUCUAAGAUCCCUUAUCUCUUGAUUAUAACAUUUUUGAUAAAAGUGGAGAUUUAUUGUUUUAAGGUCAUAAAACAGAAUAAUGUCCAAACCUAAAAGCAAUUAACAAAAAUAUUGAAAAUAGUAAAGAAUAUAAAAAUAAAGAGAAAGAAUUUAAGAAAAUGGAUCAAUUAAAUGGAGUUUAUGAUAUCAUGGUUAAAGCAUAUCCAAGUCAAUAAAUUACAAAAAGUUCUAUAACUUUAACAGAUAUAGAUGAUAUUUAUGAUGAUACAUUUUGCAAUUAAUUUUAAGGAUACAAUUUUCCAAAUCCCUCAUAAUCUACAAAUACAUAUAUGGAAGAUGUAGUUAAGUUUCUCAAAUAUUUUGGCAAAAAUUCUGAAAUGUUUUAACAUCAAGCAGCCCUUACAGAACCUUUUAAAUGGAUCAUAUCACAAUUUUAUUCUCAAGAACCCUUAAGUAUCUAUGUAGGAACUGAAUCCAAUUAAUUUGCUAUGUUAUCUGUUUUAAUCGAUGAACAAUAUCUUACUCCAUUUGCUUCAGAGUUAGAAUUUAUUAUUAAAGGAAAUAUAGUUUUUGUCUAUUUCAAUAAAGUCUUACUUAAAACUAAAAUUUGUGAAAAUGGCUAUUAUUGUACAAUCGAAUAGACAUCUUAGUUCAUGUAUCAAUACAUAGUUGAUGAUGUUAAAUAACUGUGUGGCAUUUGA